AUGGAUUUAUCAAGUGUAUUCAACAUCAAAAAACGAUUACCUAUCAAAUUUUCAUAUCGUGGAAAUGAAGUAUUGCAAAAAAUAUGCCACAAAAAAUUAUCCGAUUUCUUUGAAAAAAAUGUCGUUUUAUGGAAAAGGAAUUCUCAGCAGUACUCUCUCUCGUAUCAUGCACAUUUAUUUUUCGAAUUCGUUCCAUUUUCAAAUGAUACAUUGAUUAAUUAUAAUUCAGUGAAGCUAAAAACAUGGGAAGAAGCAUCAUUGCUUCAUUUUUUCUUCCUGAAUCCAUGUACAGUAGCGGAAUAUCGAAAUGAAUGCAGAAAUGAAAUAAGCGAAUGGUUUGCAACAUUAAACAGGUUGGAGGGUGCAGAAUGGUUAAUUGUGUUCGACAGUAUGAAAGCUCGUGAACAAAAGAAUCGUGGAGCUCUUAUGGAACGAAUUAAAAGUGAUUUUUCGAAAUUCACAAACAGAAUUGUUGAGAUUUAUGAUCCGUCGAAUAUAGUUCCAUUACAAACUAGCAUGCAGUUACAUCUGUUAAAUUCUUUGGAGUUUUAUGUAACGAAUAUAGAAAGCAGUUUAUCCAGUCGAAAUAAUCAAUAUUCCGAUUCUAAUUUUGAUUUCAUUACGUUUUGUCGAGAUCAAAUGAGCUUAUCUCGUCUUUACCAGAGUUUGGGCAUGUUUGAACAAGUACUUGCAUUAUUUGAUGAACUUGAUGCUACAUUAUCACUAAUUGCUCUUCAUCAUUCAUCAGAAGGUCCUACACCGAAAUGGUUAGCAUCAUCAAAAUGUUUGACUUCAGUGUCACCCGGUUGUCCACUUUUUGUUGCAAUGUUGAAAUGUGAUUCACCGCGGGAUAAUAUUACGAUUAUUGAAUUACGCUGCAUCAUUUUGGCACAUCAGAUAUUGAAUGCGAUGCAAAUAUACAAGGAACGCUUACAACGAGUUUCAACAAAUAGUGAUAGUAGCUCACAGAAUUUGAGAAAUGAAUUUGCUGUUAUGUUAUUGCGUUAUUCUCUGCAUUGCUUAAACGCCAUAUUCGAAAAUAUGGUAGUUUUCAAGAUACCACGGGAUUGCGACGAAAUACAAUGUUGGAUAGUUUCAUUUUGCUUAGAAACAAUGCAGAUAACAUCUUUAUUGACUGAAAUAACACACGUUGAACAGGCAGCUCAUUUAACUUGUUCCCUCAAAUUAGCCACUUGUCAGGCAAUGUCAAAACUGAAUAAAAGAUGGGAUUUGGUUGACUGGAAGAAGAUAGCAAAAUGGUUUGAAGAUGGAAUUACACAGUGUGGCGUAGAAACGGUUAAAACAAAUGCUGUUAAUGAAAUAAGGCAGCUUCUUUUCGAUAAGCAACAGUUUACGCAUUACAUGCAGAAAUAUCACGAAAGUUCCAUAGCACUUCUAAAACAUUUUGGAUGGAGGCGUGAAGCACGUGCAGUUGGUUGGGAGUUGGCGAAAUUUUUGUUAUCAUCGGAUCGUGCAGAAGGAGCACUUCCAUAUUUACUAAAUUUUAUUUCUGAUUUAAUUUCGGAUGGCUCAACAGUGUUGUUGCUUAGAGAUACAUUACUCUUCACUGUAAAUCAUUUGGAGAAAUUUCCGGGAAUCCAUUUUAAGGAGCUUGUAGAUUUUUAUUUGAUAUUGAUGAAAUUGGCGGAGACAGAAAAAGAACGAAUCAAAUACUGUGAUAAAUUUUUGGAAUUGAGUGAAAAGCCGAGUGUAACGAAGAUAAGAUUGAACUCAAAUUGUAAUCAACGUAAGGCUUUCUCAUUUGGUUACAAUUCAUCGUUUCCUUUUCUGAUAGCGAUACCGAAUGAAACAAUAAAAAUUGAUGCUAAAGUUAUCAGCUAUCUCCCUAAAUCAUUAAAAAAUUUCAAAUUGUACUGUUAUAUGAAACCUUUUGUUCAAAAUGAAUCGCAAAAGCGAACUGCUGGACGACGACCGCACUUCGAAUGCAUGUACAGUGAAACAGAUGGUAUUAGUCGUUUUGCAUGUGAUUGGAAGGGUGACAUUGAGUUGCGAAAGGAAUCCGUUCUAGGAUUUAGCAUGAAUUUGACUAGCGAAUCGGAGGACUACUUGAUUUUCCAGAGUUCUGCCACGGAUGAACUUAGGCCUGGUGAAAAUAUUCUAACAUUGAUUGCCAAGGCAUCGGAAAGCAAUGGAACGUAUAUCUUUGAUUACUUCGAGCUAGAAAUUGGUCAUUCAUUGUUAUUACGCUGCAACUGGUUAGAUGUGUCAGAAAUCGAAGAAGAUUUAGCUCGGUUACCAAUAUGUUUUGUCCAUCAUAAACCAGUUUCUCUGAAACUGAAGCCACCACCAAAUGAUGGUAUAUUGUUAGCCGGUGUGGCACAGCAUGUCGAAUUUGAGAUUUCUUAUGGUACUGGAAAAUUGAUAACUGAUGAAAACUCAGUGCUGCAAAUAACUUGUUCUGCUGGGAGUGAUUUAGAAUUUUGGGAUGUAUCCAAAUCGAAAUGGUCUGAAAUCUGCAAUUACUCAUUAGAUCGUAUACUUCCUGGAAAUAAUAAAACUAUCACUGUUCAUUUGUAUAAAAUCCUUCGCAAUCUUUCAAACAGUGAAGAAAAUGUGAAAAGUGGGCUACCGACGUCUGUUGCACAGAUUUUGGUAAAAUGGAUGGAUGAAGAGUGGAGUUUUACGGUUAAUUUUAUUUCGUUUAUGAAUAUUGAUAGUGAUACUUCUUUACUGGAAGAAAGAGUUCUUUUCGAAUUAGCACUUUUGCGAAACAUUGACGAAUGGUUGAUUAUGCCUCAAGAUGCUAUACUGAGCAGGAUAAGUAACGAUUCACUGCAAAUUCCAGCGAAAUUGCUAAAUCCUAACCUUACACACAUACAACCAGGAUGUAAAUACCGUCUAGUCUGGAUUCUACCAUCAAAUAAAGGAAAAACGGAUGAGGUUGAGCAUUAUGAAUUACGGUUUACAUAUCGAGUGAAAUCAUUAGACGAGCAUACUAAUGAGGAAGAAUUAAUUUAUGAUCGCGAAUAUACAUUGUUUGAUGAAUUCCCUGUACAAUGCAAAACGCCAGAUUAUGAACUUUGUGCACAAUUGCUUUCAUCACAACCUGGUGCAAUUCUUUGUCGUGUUGAUGAUGCAUGUGAUAUGAUUGUUUCACUGCGAAGUUUAACAAAUCGUGUAGAAACAGUAGUUGUCGGUAUUGACGCUGAUCCAUGUUUUUGGACCAUAAGUCAGAAACAUAAAUUAGUACAUGUUAAAGAAAGUGGUCUAGGACAAAUAUCGUUUACAGUAUUUCCCAAAAUGAUUGGGUUCUUGCCGUAUCCAAUUAUAUCUGUAUAUAGUUGUCGGCAUAAACGAUCAGAUUCGGAUAUUUCUCAGCUAUCCACUGAGAGUACUUAUGAUUUUGGACCACAAUUGUCUAGCUUUGUACGAACAAAUGGAAAGCAAGUGCAUGUGCUUGGUGCUUUCCCUACAUCAUCAGACUCAAAAAGUAAUGCUAGCGUAAAAACUAAUCGUUUGAAGGAAGCAAAAAGCCGAAUAACGAAACUUUUCGAUUAG